AUGUUUGCGUAUAGGCGAAAGCAGAAUUGUGAAGAUUAAGUUGAAUUAGAAUUAGAAUAUAAAUAUAAUUAUUUAUUGAAUUUAGGGAUGAGUAAGGAUGGUUUGCCUAUGUUCAAGUUUAUUGUUGUUGGUGAUCAAUGUAAUUGGAUAUGUCAGACUUAGCUGUUGGCAAGAGUAGUUUUGUUAAAUAAUAUUCGGAAGGCCAAUUUCAUGAAGGGAUGAAUAGAGCAACAAUUGGUGUGGAAUUUGUUAAGAAGUUGGUCAUAGUUGAUAAGCGUAGAGUGGAGCUGCAAAUAUGGGAUACUGUAUAAGUUUUGAGCGAUUGAUUAGGCAGGAUAGGAAUAAUUUAGAAGCAUGAUCAAGAGUUUUUAUCGGGGAGCUGCGGCUGUUUUUGUGUUAUAUAGUAUCAAUUAAAGAGACUCAUUUGAGAAGUUGCAAGAAUGGUUAACAGAGUUGCAUGAGAGUGCUCACGAGGAGAUUGUCAAAAUUCUUGUGGGGAACAAAUCAGAUAUGGAACGCAGUGUUCAAAAGGAGGAGGCUGAGAAAUUCAUGAAUGCUCACAAUUUUAGUUUGUUUUUUGAGACAUCUGCGAAGACUGGGGAGAAUGUAGAAAAAGUAACCAUUUCAAUAUAUGUCUAAAAGGCUUUUGUGGAGGCAGUGAAAUUAGUGAUAAUGAGGAUGUUUACGAGUGAAUCCUUCAAAAAUUCUAUAAAAACUACAAAGAAGACUCCGGCGAGUUCGAAAUAGAAUACAAGCAGAAGUGAUUAGCCGAUUUCAGAGGUGUCGCAAUUGCCUUCAAAAGCAAUUUAUUUGUAAUCCAAUCACACUUAAGACAAUCAUCAUGCAAAGAAGCAGUGCUGUUGA